CAGAGGGUAUGUUCAGUUCGAAACAAAAGUUCAAAGAACGCACAUCUAUAAAUAGACACAACAAACCGUUGACAAAAAUAAAUUAAAUCUGACUGGCUGUUUAUUCAAAAGAACGUUACAACUUUUUGAAAAAGUAAAUAAAAAUUACAACGGAAUGUCGCUUAUUCCAUUGCUGCGUGAAAUUGAUAACACAUUUGGUGGAGUGGAGGAUUUUUUGGAAGAGCCCUUUGGACUUGGAAUAUAUCCGGUGGACAUAUUCCGACCUCGUCAUAAUUCCUUAAUACUGUAUCCUCGUAAUAGCUAUUGCCCAUAUUUAGCUAGAUGCGGUCGUCCACGUAAGGAAGCUUCAACCAAAAAAUCGGAAUUACUACCCACGGUUGGCAAAGAUGGUUUCCAAGUGUGUAUGGAUGUUUCACAAUUUAAACCAAGCGAGUUAACGGUUAGGACAGUCGACAGAAUGGUGGUCGUCGAGGGAAAACACGAGGAACGUGAAGAUGAACACGGAUUUAUUCAGCGACACUUCAUACGAAAAUAUUCUUUACCCAGAGGCUACGAACCCAAAGAUGUAGUGUCCACAAUAUCCUCAGAUGGAGUGUUGACCGUUAAAGCACCACCACCAAUCAAGGACAAGGAAUGCAAUGAACGCAUUAUUCAAAUCCAACAGACCGGUCCAGCUCAUCUCAAUGUUAAAAAGCCGGACAAUGACAACAAAGAUGAAAGUAAUGGCUCGAAAGAGAAAGCAGAAUCAAAAUAACGACCUUACUCCUAUAUUAUAUGUGUUCUUCGACUGAUUAGAUUUAAAUUUAUUAAACAUUCGCUAUAGUAUUUGAUUAUUGAUUAUUAUUGUAUUCUAGAUUUAACAAAUUUAUAUAUGCAUUAUUUAUGAUUUAUUCAGUUAAAUAAAAUCCGAAAAUAUAUCUUAAAA